GAACACAACCAAAACAAACCUCGCUCGCCUCUACCUCCGCCGUUUGUCAACAGAUCAUAUGCAAAGGAAACCUGAGAGCAACCCCUGAAAGGCAGCAGGGAAUCCCGGAGCCUUUGUGCUUCCCCAGCCUGUGUUUAUGCUGAACGUGGUUUGUCUGAGCAAGGAAUGGAGAAACCUAUCUGAAGAAGACCCAACCUGACCUCUUACCCAAAUUCAUCCUUCUGAAGACUCUGGCUUUGCUGCUGCAUCCUUUUCAGGAUGGCCGAAAAGGCUACCCCAGGAAUGAACAAAAAGUCUUCAAGGUCUACUCAGUCCCUUCCACCAGAACCAGUGGAGAUAAUCAGGAGCAAAGCAUGUUCAAGGAGAGUCAAAAUCAAUGUAGGUGGGCUUAACCAUGAAGUUCUAUGGAGGACUUUAGAUAGACUUCCACGGACACGAUUAGGGAAGCUCAGAGACUGCAAUACUAAUGAAACUUUACUAGAAGUAUGUGAUGACUAUAAUCUCAAUGAGAAUGAAUAUUUCUUCGAUCGACACCCUGGUGCUUUCACCUCCAUUUUGAAUUUCUACAGGACGGGGAAGCUCCACAUGAUGGAGGAAAUGUGUGCCCUCUCUUUUGGCCAAGAGCUAGAUUACUGGGGGAUUGAUGAAAUCUAUUUAGAGUCUUGUUGCCAGGCGAGAUACCAUCAGAAGAAAGAGCAAAUGAAUGAAGAACUAAGGAGAGAGGCAGAGACAAUGAGAGAAAGGGAAGGGGAAGAGUUUGAUAAUACCUGCUGUCCAGAUAAAAGGAAAAAACUCUGGGACUUGCUGGAAAAACCCAACUCCUCAGUGGCUGCAAAGAUUUUGGCCAUCGUGUCCAUUUUGUUCAUUGUGCUGUCGACCAUUGCUUUAUCACUCAACACCCUACCUGAGCUUCAAGUAAUUGAUGAAUUUGGACAACUGAAUGACAACCCCCAACUAGCACAUGUAGAAGCUGUGUGUAUAGCUUGGUUUACUAUGGAGUACCUUUUGCGUUUUCUGUCAUCUCCAAAUAAGUGGAAAUUCUUCAAAGGUCCUUUAAAUGUGAUUGACUUGCUGGCCAUUUUGCCAUAUUAUGUCACGAUUUUUCUCACAGAGUCCAACAAAAGUGUGCUGCAGUUCCAAAAUGUCCGUCGUGUGGUUCAGAUAUUCAGAAUCAUGAGGAUACUAAGGAUCCUUAAACUUGCCAGACAUUCUACAGGCCUUCAGUCUUUAGGAUUUACCCUCCGGAGGAGUUACAAUGAAUUAGGUUUACUGAUAUUAUUUUUAGCAAUGGGAAUUAUGAUAUUUUCCAGCCUUGUAUUUUUUGCUGAGAAGGAUGAAGAUGCUACAAAAUUUACCAGUAUCCCUGCAUCAUUUUGGUGGGCCACUAUCACUAUGACUACUGUAGGUUAUGGUGAUAUUUAUCCUAAAACUUUACUAGGUAAAAUUGUUGGAGGCUUGUGCUGUAUUGCUGGAGUUCUAGUAAUAGCCCUACCCAUUCCCAUUAUAGUAAACAAUUUCUCAGAAUUUUACAAGGAGCAAAAACGGCAGGAGAAAGCUAUUAAAAGAAGGGAGGCACUUGAGCGAGCAAAAAGAAAUGGAAGCAUUGUUUCAAUGAAUCUAAAAGAUGCAUUUGCUCGCAGCAUGGAACUGAUUGAUGUAGCUGUAGAUUCCGGUAAGACUGAAGAACCAGCCAAUUCGAAAGAGACUCCUGAUGAUAACCACCUAUCUCCAAGUCGGUGGAAAUGGGCCAGAAGGACAAUGUCUGAGACAAGCUCUAAUAAGUCCUUAGAGAACAAAUACCAGGAAGUGAGCCAGCAAGAUUCCCAUGAACAACUAAACAACACUGCAGCAACCUCCAGCCCCCAACACUUGAGUGCUCAGAAACUUGAAAUGUUAUAUAAUGAAAUUACUAAAACUCAGUCUCAGCCAAAUCUUAAUGCCACUUACCAAGACCCAUCAGCAAAGCCUCCCCUGUAUGAGGAGGAAAUAGAAAUGGAAGAGGUUGUUGGAAAGGGAGAACCAUCAACAUCUGGUCCCAGAGAUAUUGUAACUGACAUGAGAAGUACUUCUAGCAUUGACAGCUUUGCAAGCUGUGCCACCGAUUUCACCGAGACAGACCGGUCCCCACUUCCUCCAUAUACCAGCUCUCACCUGCAACUGAGGUUCCCGGUGGAGUCUGCCAGUUUAGAAGACCAAAGAGCAAAGAGUUCUCAGUUUUUCUCACACUCAAGAGAUAAAAUGUUUGCCCCCAGAGACAUCACCUUUGAGUACUGCCCAGUUGAUGCCACCAUGAACAUUGACAACACGGGCUCCCAGUCUCUGCUUCAUAGUCAUUUGCACUUCGAAAGUGCUAUGGAAAGUCCCAAAAGUUCUCUGAAAGGAAGCAAUCCGUUAAAGUCUAGGUCUCUUAAAGUUAAUUUUAAGGAAAGCAGAGGCAGUGCUCCACAAACACCACCAAGCACUGCCAGGCCAUUGCCAGUAACAGCAGCGGGGGACUUCAUGCAAUCCACCCCUCAGCAUAUCAGCACCAUUCUCUUAGAAGAGAAUUCACCCCAAGGGGAAAGACCCUUGCUUGGCGCCGAUGCACCCGUAGUUUGCCAGGGAAUUUCAAAAAAAUCCUCCCCUCUGUUUCCAAAACAAAAGCUUUUUACUUUCCCUCCAAAAGAGAGGAGAAGCUUCACUGAAAUAGAUACUGGAGAUGAAGAUGACUUCAUGGAGAUUCCUGGCAUAAAACAUGACAAGCAACAGGAUAUCAAGACAAACUGCUUUGGGGAUAAACACAAAGAUGGCAAUCAUUUAGCAGAAGAGCCUCACAUCAGCUCUUCUUCACCCAAAAGCUUGGGUCACAACUGUACUCAAGACAUUUAUCAUGUUGGGGGGGAAGUGAAAGUGGACAGUACGCAAGAAGGUCACAAAAUGGAAAACCACUUGUUUCCCCCUGAAAUCCAUACAAAUCCUGGAGACACUGGUUAUUGUCCUACACGAGAAACCAGCAUGUGACUAGUUAAUAGAGCAAUAAUUACAAAAACUCAUUUCUUAAAACCACAGUUAGUUAUCCCUAUGAACUAAAACAUGGGAAGCCUCAAAAGUACAUAAAAUGUUAUUUUUGCAUGGCAUGAAGACUUGUUUAGUUUAAGUACUGUUUAAUUUAAAAGUGGAAAUCUGCUUUUUUGUAACAAAUAAAAUCAGGAAAAAAAUGAUGCAAGAACAGUAAGUAAAAUAAAGAGCUCUUUUAGGAGCCCAUCUUCUGCAAUGUCUGACAUUUUUGAUCCUUUCACUUAUGAUUGUAGAUAAGUUUUUAAAAACUCUUAACUUUUUUUUCUUGGUUAUAAUGAAUUUUUGAAUUUGCACAUGAAAGGACAAAAUGUCAAUGCAUGUGUUCUAAUGGUGUGAAACAAGGUGCUUUGAGCCUGCAAAAUGCAUAAUUUGUAAAUAGUUUGGGUUUGGGGGGAGAUCUACAGUUAUCAAGAAUCUGUGGAAAAUAUGUUUCCUGGGACACAGGUACUUCCUUCACAGCCUGCUGCCUGGAGGAUUUGUACAGACUUAUGUUGCAAAAUUGCAACUUCUUAAAGCAACUCACCUAUCUUGCUUUCUAUUUAAAAGCUCAUAAAGUAUAAGCUGUUGGUUUUUAAGUAAGUUACAGUGUUCUACAUUUAUUUGUGAAGUAAAUCAUAGUUCCAAUAUUUUGAUUUGCAUAGACUUCACUGAUGCACUUGUAUUUUUGAAUAAAUUUUUGUUAAGAUUGUGCAGGAUUUAAUGACCAGAAAUUGAAAAGUUGCUCUAAAACCUGCCAAAAUCAAAACAAAGACAAGACACCAUUAUGUCAUAUAACAACAUUGUUUCUGUGGCAAUAAAAUGUGCCAAAUGGCCAUCAAAAGUGAUUAUUUUAUAUUAAAGUUUAACAUUUUAUAUUACA